AAGCAGAGGAUAUGGGCCUACUUGUUUGAACAUUCGCUCAGACCGUAAGGAAUAAGGUAACCCCAAGAAUUGGCAUCACAGUCCGGCCUGGGCGCCUAGAGAGGAGGGGGGGGUGGUGGCGAUGGAGCACGCUGGAAACCCAGGGCUCCCGGCGGGUCUGACCCGGAAGGGGUGGUGCCUGGUAACCCCAGCUUCCCUAGCAACCAAGCAGUGGCAAGCAGCAGCCACCCGAGCUCUCCCCUUCCUCCGCUCCCGGGAUGCCUCUUCAAGUUAGCGAUUACAGCUGGCAGCAGACGAAGACUGCGGUCUUUCUCUCUCUGCCCCUCAAAGGCGUGUGCGUCAGAGACACGGACGUGUUCUGCACGGAAAACUAUCUGAAGGUCAACUUUCCUCCAUUUUUAUUUGAAGCAUUUCUUUAUGCUCCCAUAGACGAUGAGAACAGCAAAGCAAAGAUUGGGAAUGACACCAUUGUCUUCACCUUGUAUAAAAAAGAAGCGGCCAUGUGGGAGACCCUUUCUGUGACAGGCGUUGACAAAGAGAUGAUGCAAAGGAUCAGAGAAAAAUCUAUUUUACAAGCACAAGAGAGAGCAAAGGCAGCUACAGAAGCAAAAGCUGCAGCAAAGCGGGAAGAUCAAAAAUAUGCACUAAGUGUCAUGAUGAAGAUUGAAGAAGAAGAGAGGAAAAAAAUAGAAGAUAUGAAAGAAAAUGAACGGAUAAAAGCCACUAAAGAAUUGGAAGCCUGGAAAGAAUAUCAAAGAAAAGCUGAGGAGCAAAAAAAAAUUCAGAGGGAAGAGAAAUUGUGUCAAAAAGAAAAGCACAUUAAAGAAGAAAGAAAAAAAUUAAAAUCUAAGAAUCUUACUAGAAAUUCAGCAUCUAGAAAUCUUGCUGCAAAAGGGAGAAAUUCAGAAAAUAUAUUUACUGAGAAGUUAAAGGAAGACAGUAUUCCUGCUCCUCGCUCUGUUGGCACUAUUAAAAUCAACUUUACCCCUCGAGUAUUCCCAACAGCUCUUCGUGAAUCACAAGUAGCAGAAGAGGAGGAGUGGCUACACAAACAAGCCGAGGCACGAAGAGCAAUGAAUACUGACAUACCUGAAUUUUGCGAUUUAAAAGAAGAAGAAAAGAACCCAGAAUGGUUGAAGGAUAAAGGAAACAAAUUGUUUGCAACAGAAAACUAUUUGGCAGCUAUUAAUGCAUAUAACUUAGCCAUAAGACUAAACAAUAAGAUUCCACUAUUGUAUUUGAACCGGGCUGCCUGCCACCUAAAACUAAAAAACUUACACAAGGCUAUUGAAGAUUCUUCUAAGACAGGGUCUUGCUCUGUCACCCAGGCUGGAAUGCAGUGGUAAGAUGACAGCUCACUGCCGCAGCUUUGACCUCCCAAUCUCAAGCUAUCCUCCCCACCUCAGCCUCUCAAGUAGCUGGGAUUACAGGCACACACCACCACACCUAGCUAAGUUUUUGUUUUGUUUCGUUUGUUUUUGUUUUUUGUAGAGACAAGGUCUCCCUAUAUUUCUCAGGUUGGUCUCGAACUCCUGACCUCAGGUGAUCCACCCGCCUCGGCCUCCCAAAGUGCUGGGAUUACAGGCGUGAGCCACAGCGCCCGGCCCGAACUCCUGAUUUCAAGGGAUGCUACAAUCUUGGUCUCUCAAAGUGCUAGAAUUAUAGGUGUGAACCACUGUACCCUGCUGGAAAUUAGUAAAUGGUGGUCAGUUGUGCCCUUUCCUUUUCUUUCCUCUUUCCUUACCCAUUUUCUUUUAUUUUUUCUUCCUUCCUUC